AUGGGUGAACAUCGGAGCACGAUGGAAGCGCCCGUUAACUGUCAAGAUCUCGACUGGUCGCACACAGAAGAACCGCACGCAACCCGUCGCAACAUAAUUCCGGGCAUUUUCUACAUUUUACGACAGCUAAUUAUUUAUCAAAAUACUUUGUCCGACUUCGAAGUCCUCAACGUCAUCAUACAGUUUGCUUUCGAUCACCUCAUUUGUAACUUAUUGAAUGGUAAAGUGUUGGCAUGCUUGUCGCAUUUUUUGUUUCUUGUCCUAAAAGACCAAACGGAAGGGCGAAGUAGGGUGGACGGUAUUUUUCUAACGUAA